CAGGGAGGAAUAGCUGGAGGGAGGGAUGGCUGAAUAACGAGGAGAGAAACACCCACUCCGGACUGACCGAAUUGUAUCCGGAGAGACGGAGUGAGAGAAAGAAACAGAGGGAGAGAAAGAGUAAGAAGAAAGAGGAACCCUUGGGGAGGCAGCAGCAGCAGACUUUGGUAUUCAGAGGAUUUUUGCUUUGGGGAUAAAAGGACGCUUUGAAUUGAUGACUGGAGAGGUCUAGACUGCUGCUUGUGAGGAUGUUGUCAGCGGGGAAGAUUAGGUGGUGUUUGUGGGCUCCACUGGUGUUACUGGCCCUAGUUUCACAUUUUCCCAGUAAGGCACAGGGUCAAGUUCCAGUUCCAAGGAGGCUGCGUUUCAAAGUGCUGAGCUCAAGCAAACUCCUCGUUUCAUGGAAGGAGCCCAAAGGAGACUUUGACAGCUAUCUAUUCCUCUACAACAGUAUACCAGGUGGUCAGCAGAGGGAGAUCAUAGUAUCUAAAUCUGACACUAAAGUGUUGAUAACAGACUACAACCCCUCUAAGGACUACACUGUCAGUGUCAUUGCUGUCAGUGGCAGUGAGCAGAGCAGACCGCUUCAGGGCAGACAUAAAGCUGAAAGAGGUGAGAGUGACGGAGGAGACAAGACUGAGCCCCAGAGGAAGACUGAUUCAGUUGUACCUCCUGAGGGUGCCAACGAGAUCUCUGGAGUUGAUCAGUUUGUGUGCCACACUGAGGCCAUUGCAGACAUUGUGAUCCUGGUGGACGGCUCCUGGAGUAUUGGUCGGCUCAACUUCCGGCUGGUCCGAAUGUUCUUGGAAAACCUUGUCAAUGCCUUUGAUGUUGGCAUAGAUAAGACAAGGAUAGGUCUGGCUCAGUACAGUGGUGAUCCCAGGAUAGAGUGGCAUCUUAAUGCUUUCUCCACUAAAGAUGCCGUCAUUGAUGCUGUCAAGAACCUGCCCUACAAGGGAGGAAACACUCUCACAGGCCUUGCAUUGACCUAUAUCUUGGAGAACUGUUUCAAGCCUGAAUCUGGCUCACGGGUUGGUAUACCCAAGAUUGGGAUCCUCAUCACAGACGGGAAGUCCCAGGAUGAUGUCAUACCACCUGCGGAGAGCCUGCGAAAUGCUGGUGUUGAGCUGUUUGCUAUUGGUGUGAAGAAUGCUGAUGAGAAUGAGUUGUACUCCAUCGCCUCAGAGCCGGACAACACUCAUGUCUACAAUGUGGCUGACUUCAACAUUAUGAGCUCCAUAGUAGAGGGACUGACCAGAACAGUGUGCGAACAAGUGGAGCAGCAAGACAAGGACAUCAAGCAGAAACAGACACCAGAGAAGAUGGGGGCACCAGUUGACCUGGUGACAUCAGAAGUGGCGGCCCGAAGCUUUCGGGUUUCAUGGAGCCGCGCCCCCGGAAACGUAGAGAAGUACAGAGUGGUUUAUUACCCUACUCAGGGAGGAGAACCGCAGGAGGUGGUAGUGGACGGUAGUGAGACUUCAGUGGUGUUGCAGCAUCUCAGCUCUCUCACCGAGUACCAGCUGGCUGUGUUUGCUGUGUACGCAAACGAGGGAAGUGAAGCUCUGAGAGGAUCAGAAACAACCCUGGCCCUUCCCACAGUGACAGGCCUCCAGCUGUUUGAUGUGACUCACAACACCAUGAAAGCAAGAUGGGACAGUGUGGAUGGAGUCUCUGGCUACAUGCUGCUGUAUGCACCGCUUACAGAUGGUGGAGACUUAGAUGAGAAGGAGGUCAAGGUAUCGGAUGCAGUGACAGAGCUGGAGCUAGAGAGGUUGAUCCCUCACACUGAAUACACCGUCACUGUUUAUGCCAUGUACGGAGAGGAAGCCGGUGACCCUGUUACAAACCAAGAAACCACAUUACCGCUGAGUCCUCCCAGCAACCUCCAGUUCUCUGAUAUCACUCACGACUCCGCCCACAUCAGCUGGGACCCUGUGCCCAGAGAAGUUAAAGGUUACCGCAUUGUGUGGGUCAAGACAGACGGACUAGUCACAAAGGAGGUGAUGGUGAGUGGUGGGAACUCCUAUGACCUUUAUGACUUGACAUCUCUGAUGGAGUACUCAGUGGCUAUCUAUACCGUGUACGACGAGGGCCAAUCAGAGCCGCUCACCGACGGAUUCACUACUACUCCAGUUCCUGGUCCUUUGAAUCUGAACUCCAAUGAUGUCAGCACAGACAGCUUCCAGGUCAGCUGGGGUCACUCAGCCAAUGACAUCGUCCUCUACAGACUCUCCUGGGCACCGUUCACAGGUGGCGAAACAAAGGAGGUGGUCUUGAGUGGAAGUGAUAACAGAUACAUCCUGACCGGUCUGAGUCCGUCUACUGAGUACGAAGUUAUGUUGACGGCUGUAUUCAAAGAUGAAUCUGAGAGUGACACAGUCUCUGUUGUAGAGACCACAUUGGCCAAGACAACAACGAUUGCUACCACAACCACAGCGGCACGUCAGGCUGUGAGAAACCUUCAGCUGAGUGACGAGACCACCCAGAGCUUAGAGGCAUCAUGGGAGCUGGAUGACCACAACGUGGAGAGCUACAGGGUCUCCUACGCCAGCCUCAGGGGCAACCACGAAGAGGAGUCUGUGUUAGUUCCAGGUGGUCAGAGGAGAGCAGUGCUUCAGCCUUUACUAUCAGACACCCAGUACAAAGUGACAGUCACACCGAUGUACACCGACGGAGAAGAUGGUAUCAGUAUCUCAGCCCUGGGUGCCACAUUGCCCCGCUUGUCUCCUGGAAACCUACGUGUGUCAGAGGAGUGGUACAACCACUUCAGGGUCACCUGGGAUCCACCUCAGUCUCCUACAGUUGGUUACAGGAUCGUCUACCAGCCCAUCUAUGUUCCAGGACCAGUUUUGGAGACAACAGUGGGUGAAGAUGUGAACACCAUGCGCCUCCUGAAUCUACUAAGUGGGACAGAGUACAGUGUUCAAGUGAUGGCCUCCUACCCAACAGGGCAAAGUGAACCACUGCUAGUGAAUGCCAAGACAUUGUUCCUCGGUGUCUCUGGCUUGUCAACUUACCAGGUACGUUCCAACAGCAUGUGUGUCCAAUGGCAGCCUCUUCUACAUGCCACAUUAUACAGAGUCUUCAUACAGUCUACACUAAAUGGUCAGAAGCAGGAGGUGAGCCUAGGAGGUGGUGCUUCCCGACAGUGCUUUUAUGACCUCACUCCCAGCAGCCAAUACCAGAUCAGCGUUCACACCCAGAUGCAGGAAAUGGAGGGACCUUCUGUCUCCAUCACUGACAUGACACUACCAGCGCCCACUCAAGCUCCGACUGAACGCCCCACCACAGAGCCCCCUCCCACCAUCCCGCCUGCUAAAGAAGUGUGUAAGGAGGCCAAGGCUGACCUGGCAUUCCUGGUCGACGGUUCCUGGUCCAUCGGAGACGACAACUUCAUGAAGAUUACGCGUUUCCUCUACAGCACCAUGGGAUCUCUGGAUCUGAUUGGACCAGAUGGCACCCAGGUGGCCAUUGCUCAGUUCAGUGACGAUGCUCGGACAGAAUUCCAGCUGAGUUCCCAUGGCAACAAGGAGGAGUUGCUGGAAGCUAUUCAGAGGAUCAGAUACAAGGGAGGAAACACCAAGACAGGUCGGGCCAUUAAACAUGUGAAGGAGUCUAUUUUCACCGCAGAGGCCGGAGCUAGAAGAGGCGUCCCUAAGGUCCUGGUUGUUCUCACUGAUGGACGUUCGCAAGAUGAUGUUAACAAAGUGUCCAAGGAGAUGCAGAUGGAUGGCUAUAUCAUCUUUGCCAUUGGCUUUGCGGACGCAGACUACGGGGAGCUGGUGAAUAUUGCCAGUAAGCCCAGCGACAGGCACGUCUUCUUUGUGGACGAUUUGGAUGCCGUGAAGAAAAUAGAAGAGCAGCUCAUUACUUUUGUCUGUGAGGCUGCCACUGCCACUUGUCCGUCUGUUUUGAUGAGUGGUAACACAAUGGCAGGUUUCCGUAUGAUGGAGAAGUUUGGCCUAGUAGAGAAGGAGUACGGCACCAUACCUGGAGUUUCUCUGGAGCCAGGUUCAUUCAACAGCUUCCCCUGUUAUAGAUUACACCGUGACGCCCUGGUGUCACAGCCCACCAAGUACCUUCACCCUGAAGGUUUACCCUCUGACUAUACCAUUUCUAUGAUGCUCCGUCUACUUCCUGAGACCCCGCAGGAGCCCUUUGCAUUGUGGGAAAUCCUCGACAAGUACAAUGAGCCAUUGGUGGGACUGAUCCUGGACAACUCAGGAAAGACCUUGACAUUCUUCAACAAUGACUACAAAGGAGACUUCCAGACCGUCACCUUUGAAGGAAAUGAAAUAAAAAAAAUCUUCCAUGGCAGCUUCCACAAGCUCCAUGUAACCAUCAGCAAGACAUCUGUGAAGGUGGUGUUAGAUUGUUCUGUGGUUGGGGAGAAACCCGUCAAUGCUGCUGGUAACAUUACCACUGAUGGAGCGGAGAUCCUUGGAAGGAUGGUUCGGUCCAGAGGCAGACGGGACAACUCUGCUCCAUUCCAGCUCCAGAUGUUUGACAUCAUCUGCAGUACAUCCUGGGCCAGCAGGGAUAAGUGUUGCGAGCUGCCAGCAUUGAGAGUUGAGGAGCAGUGCCCUCCCAUGCCUCAUGCCUGUACCUGCUCCCAGGACAGCAAAGGACCUCCAGGACCUUCCGGACCCCCUGGCGGUCCAGGCAUAAGGGGAGCCAGAGGAGACAGAGGAGAGCCAGGAGUGACGGGGCCUCAAGGGCCAGUGGGAGAGAUUGGCCCUCCUGGACCCUCAGGACCGCCUGGUCCUCAGGGACCCAGUGGUCUCUCACUUCAGGGGCCCCCGGGUGCUGCUGGGGAGAAGGGAGAGAGAGGAGAGAUCGGUCCAGCCGGACAAAUGGGUGUUCCUGGAAGCCCGGGCUCCCCUGGUAGAGACGGCCCCCCAGGAGCAAGGGGUCUGCCGGGUAAUAAUGGACCACAGGGACGGCAAGGACCUCCUGGACCCAUUGGAUCCCCAGGAGCACCGGGAGCUCCAGGAUCUGGUGGGUCAGCAGGGCCCCAAGGAGAUCAAGGACUUCCUGGUCCCGCUGGUACCAAAGGCGAUAAGGGAGAACGAGGUGAUGUGCAAUCCCAAGCUGCUGUGCGUGCCAUCGCACGGCAAGUGUGCGAACAGCUCAUCCAGAGCCACUUGUCUCGCUAUAACUCCAUACUGAACCAGAUCCCCGUCCAGUCGUCAGUGUCAGUCCGAACAGUUCCCGGUCCGCCCGGAGAGCCGGGUAGGAGAGGCCCCCCAGGACCUCAGGGAGAGCAAGGCCCAUCCGGCAGGCCAGGCUUCCCUGGUAGCAACGGCCAGAGCGGACGACCGGGGGAGAGAGGUCUGCCGGGAGAGAAGGGAGAGAGGGGGAAUCCAGGGGUUGGGAGUCAGGGACCUCGAGGACCACCUGGACCUCCAGGCCUGCCAGGUGAAGGACGGACAGGCAGCCAGGGUCCCCCUGGUCGGCCUGGUAACCCGGGAACACCGGGAAGGUCGGGGAAUCCAGGUAGCACAGGACCAGCUGGCCCACCAGGAUACUGUGACCAGAACUCCUGUCUGGGGUACAACGUCGGAGUUCAACAGGACUAUGGGAAUGAUUACUGAGGAGCAUUCUCCAACCGUCCUCCUCCUCCUCCUCCUCCUGUGCCCUGUACAUAAAACUAGAAACUGAGGAAAUUUGAUCAAUUCAAUUAUUCCUUCAACGCCUCCAUAUUUCUUGGGAUGGGUAAUUACUCCUGACCCCGGUGUUUAACCUCUAAUCCCUGCAGCAGCGGUUUUUGAAUUUUGUUUCUCCAGAGACUCUCUUUUUCCAAAUUACUCCAACCAUUUUUGCAGGAUCUUCUGUCAAAUGUUAUGGAUUAGCCUGAAAAGUUUUAUUCACCCAUUUUAAGUUAAAAUGCAAGGUGGCUCCAUAAUAGAACAAGUCAUUUAAGGUAACUUUGUACCCACAUUUUGGUCUGGUGUACGUUUUUAGAAACAUUAUUCACACCAGAUUUCCAGUCUUUAUGCACAUAGUGCUCUGUGAUUCCUUAUUAUGAGUAGAAACUGGAUUAAUUUCUACUAUCAGUCAACUUUCUUGAUAGAAUCGGAUCGUUAAUCUGGCUGUUUCAUCAUUUGACAGUCUCAGAGACAAAAAUGGAUUUGCUUACCUUCCCACAAGACCAAACAAAAGCCCAUAACACUGCUGCGAUGAUCACCACCACUGAUCCCAGUGCCAUCUGUCAACAAAUACACAAUGCUUUGCUGCAGCAGCCUCUGCUUAAGGCUCAAAUCUCUUCAAAGCUAAUCUAAUUUUCAAAGCCUGAUGAAUCAGAUAAAUAGUGAUGAAUUGUUUUGAUUGGCUGCAUUCAUUACUGAUCAACCCCUCUAUCUGUCCAUCUCAUAUACUGUAAGAUAAAGAAAAUCUAAAUUUUACCCCCUAAUGUGACCCAGAUGUGAUCUUAUUUCUGGAAAAAUGAACAGAUCCUAGCAAAAUGGGGUAGAAACCAGAUUUUUCUUCAUUUUCAUUAACCCACUUCCUCAUUAACCCAUUCUUUUGGACACUAUCGCAGGUCCCAAAUCUGCCUGUGCAACUCCUGUUCAACUUGUUUUGUAACCUUUUAAUAGCACACUGCCUCCUUAUUGCUUUUAAGUGGUGGUGGUGGCAUUUAAGGUGGUUGUAGUGCCAAAAUCAUUCUUAACUUCACCCCAUGCUCACCUGUUGGUGGUGGUGGUGGUGGUUUUUUGUUAGCUGCGGUGAUCCAGAAACAUUCACUCAAACUGACCCUAAAUAUUCCCACCACCCCAGUCCAACCCCUGCCUCAUGGCGGCUACCAGCCAUACAACCCUGCUGCAGUGGCUUACAACAAUGACCAAGGACGCGAAGAUGAGGAGGAGGAGGGGGAGGAAGAGCAGGACCCCUAUUACCGUGGUUACCCCCCUCAGUACUACCCCCAACAACCCUCCCAACUGGCCUAUGGCCACCAUGGUUACCGCUCGAGCCCCACCCACUCUGAGGACACAGAGCUGAGGUCCCCGGGCGUCGCCAGGAGGUUUCCGCGUGACGUCGUCGUCAUCAUGGAGGAGAGUGAGGAGGGAGGACUUUAGAGGGAGAAUGGACUCACCUAAAGUGCUUGAGCCCUGCACGCCACCACACACACUAAUUUUCACACAUGGAAACAAAUCAGACACUGACAUGCACACACACAUCGUCCACCAUCUGAAACUGUGGUGAGAACCCCUGCUCCCCCGUGUAUCCAGUGGUUUUCUCCACCAGGUGAAACAAUGUAAAUAGCUCUGUGGACUCUUGUACGAAAUCUCUGUAAAAGGGGGGUCCGAAAAGUGCCUGAUCUAUGUUUGCAUCGUCCAGUGGUAAUGUAAAGGUAAGACCUGUUUCCUCCCAUCUCACAGCUGAUUUCAGGACUGAACCCUUCUUUUUGUGCGAAGCUGCAUGUCUCCUUUGAGCCAACCACUGAGUGUGUAACUGGACACGUGCAUCUUGUUUUGGUUGUAUGUAACUAGCUAGAUUAUUUUACAAUUCAAAAUCGAGGACGAUGAGCCGGCAACAUUUGUACAGGCUGCUUUUUAUAAUGAUGAAUCAUGAUUCCCCCGAUUCCAUGGUGUCUUUAUUUUAGUGUGUAAAAGAAUAUUGAAAUGUUUUUGAAGUGAUUUUCUCCCUACAGUAUUGUUGAGUUUGCUUCUUUUUGCCAACUAUUAUUGGAGUUAAUCCCCCUAAACUGACUGUAAAAGCAGAUGCAUCAAAUUUCGGUGUAUUUUUAACACUGUGGAACACAAUCAAAUGUAUUUUUUAAAUUAUCAUUUUUAUUCAGAGAAAAUGGCUACCAUUACAUUUCAUCCUGCGAUAUUUCAUUCUGUUGCUACAAAGAUGGACCGAGUCUGUUCUGGGUUUUAAUAGUCUGAAUUAAGAACACAAAUUUGUGUCGUUUGUGUCUUGUGUUGCUACAGUUUGUUUCGUUUAUUGUUCUUAUGCAAAGUCGGGCCUGCUCACUGUGGAAGCUGUUUGCUCACUGUUUGACCUCUGACUGGAAUGAGACCUGGACCCAGUUAUUAUUCAAAACAGUCAGAAGCCUCUCAGUGAAACCCAUAAGGACUGAACCCAAAGUGUAAACUUUACUCCUCCUGCACUGCAGUCUGAAAAAUCAAGCACUAAAGUAACUAAAAGUUAGGCUGUGAGCUGGCCCUGGUCUAUUUGAGAUUUAAACUGUUGACCUUGAACAGUUUUAAUAAGGAAUGUGUCUCACCACCAUGCCCCUUAGUACAAUAUGAACUUAUUUAUUUUAUAUUUUGUUUGCUUUUAUAACCAAUAAAUCUGUAAUGAGACAAAAAAAAA